AUGCAUGGCCUGUUGGAUGAGGACCUCCUCCAGAAGGGCGCCCUGAACGCAGACGACGAGUGCGCUGAGGGUGAAAGCUGCGGGCUCAAUGCCCUGCAGCUCAGAGGCGCCUCUGUCGGCGUGCCUAUUGUCGGGGACGUCAUCGAUGAGCUGGAGGAUCCAGAUGACGAGAUUGAGGAGGCCGAUGAGGAAGAUGAGGAUGAGGAAAAGCCGGCAAGUGCCACUGUGACGCAGCCACAGGCGACUCCAGAGGCCGAGCAAUCAGAGGAGGACAAAGAUGAUGAGAAGGAGGAGGAUGAGGAGCAGGAGCAGGAGCAGGAAGAGCAAGAGGAUCCGGUGACAACAACAACGAAUGCCGGCGAACCUCAUCCCGAG